GCUAUUUUGAAAGUGACCCUGGGCUGGGGCGGCCGCGGGGCGGCGGGCAGAGGCGCGGCGGGCGCGCGGGAACCAUGACAGAAGAUGACCGAGGCGGCGCUGGUGGAAGGCCAGGUCAAGCUGCGGGACGGCAAGAAGUGGAAGAGUAGGUGGCUGGUGCUGCGCAAGCCGUCGCCGGUGGCAGACUGCCUGCUGAUGCUGGUCUACAAGGACCGGUCGGAGCGCGCCCGGGGCCUGCCGGAGCGCAGCAGCCAGACGCUGGAGCGCAUCUGCGGCCUGGAGCCGGGGCUGCCCUACGAGGGCCUGGCCCACACGCUGGCGGUCCUCUGCCUGCCACAGGCGGUCAUGCUGGGCUUCGACAGCCGGGAGGCCAUGUGCGCCUGGGACGCCCGGAUCCGCUGCGCGCUCGGCGAGGUGCACAGGUUCCAUGUGACGGUGGCCCCAGGCACCAAGCUGGAGAGUGGCCCUGCCACUCUCCACCUCUGCAAUGAUAUCCUCGUGGUGGCCCGAGACGUCCCUCCUGUCGUCACGGGCCAGUGGAAGCUGUCCGACCUCCGGCGCUACGGGGCCGUGCCCAACGGGUUCAUCUUUGAAGGCGGGACCAGGUGUGGGUACUGGGCCGGCGUCUUCUUCCUGUCCUCAGCAGAGGGCGAGCGGAUCAGCUUCCUGUUCGACUGCAUCGUUCGGGGCGUCUCCCCAACCAAGGGCCCCUUCGGGCUGCGGCCGCUUCUCCCAGGUGCGUGGGGAGGGUGGCCUGGCAGGGGUCCCUCCAUGUCUGCCCCGCUGGGCUCCCGGGGACACCGGCCUUCCUCCACAAGCCUGAGCUGUUGGGACGGUUGUGCGAGUCAGAAGGGGUCAGCCUGGUGGGUGUCAGCCAGAGACCCCAGCCCCACGCAGGGCUCCUGCAGACCUUCUGAGCAGCUCUGGCCCCCAGACUGGCACGGGGGGGUGAGCCUGAGGUCACAGGGACAGGGGCUGCUGGGGGUGUGCCUCAUCUUGCCCCCUUUCCUGCCUGUGGCCCCUGGCUGUCUACCAGUGGCUGGCGUGGCAGCGCCCUCUGCUGGCGCUGUCCCUCCUUGCAACCCAGUGUGGCACGGUUGGAGGGUGCGGACAGUGGGCCCGGGGCGAGGGAGGGAUACCGGCGGCUCGGGCCUGGGUUGGGGACACACCAGGGUGGCCCUACAGUGCUGGGCUCGCCAUGACAUCUCAGGUAGCAUGGGGGCUGUGGCUGAGGGGCUGCCAGGAGGGGGCUGGGUCUGCCUCCCGCGAUUCCUCUCUGCUGCAGACCCCAGCCCCGGGGGACCCGCCGCGGCGGAGGAGCGAGUGGCCCAGGAAGCCCUGGAAGCGCUGCAGCUGGAGAAGCGGCUGAGCCUCCUCUCCCACCUCGGCCGGCCCGGCAGUGGAGGGGACGACCGCAGCCUGUCCAGCUCGUCGUCAGAAGCCAGCCACUCGGACGUCAGUGCCAGCAGCCGGCUCGCCGCAUGGCCAGAGCAGUCCUCGUCCUCGGCCAGCACCUCGCAGGAGGGGCCGGGGCUGGCGGCGGCCCAGGCCCCGGGGGAGGCCGUGCCGGGCGCUUCACGGCUGCCCCCCGAGGCACCCAGGCCACGGCAGCUGCGGGAGGUGGGCCGCCAGAGCUCCUCAGACAGCGGCAUCGCCACGGGCAGCCACUCCUCCUACUCUGGCAGCUUCUCGUCCUGCGCCGGGAGCAGCCUGGACGUGUGGCGGGGUGGCGAGGAGCUCGGCUCGCUGCUCAGCCUGCCGCAGGCUGCGGGGGCGCCCGAGCCCAGCCUGUGCGCCUGCCCGCCCGGGACCACGGAGUACCAGGUGCCCAGCGGCCUGCGGCCCCAUUACGACACGCCCCGCAGCCUUCGCCCGGCUCCCAGGGACCAGACCCCCGCUGCCCAGGGCGGCCCCGACGGCAGUGCAGCUGGGGACCCCGGCGGCCAGACGCCCGCGGGCUGUCCCUCCGGUGUGAGGCGGCGGGGACAGGAGGCGGAGGCCCCAGGCAGCGAGGCCACCCGUGCACCCUGGGAAGCAGGUGGCCCCCACGUGGGGCCCCCUCCAGCCUUCUUUUCCACGUGCCCGGCCUGCGGAGGGCUCAAGGGAGCAGCGGCCUCACCUCCUGGGCUCCCAGCACCUUCAGGAACCCCAGGGCCUGAGAGGCCCAGCAUGGAGGCGCCCACCUACGCGAACAUCCCCGCCAGCCCCUCCCCCAGGAUGCAGCUGCACUACCUGGGCCUGGGGCUCCCGGAGGCCGGUGCGGGCGUCCGAGGGGAAGGAGCCGCCCGCUAUGCCCAGAUCGACCUGGCGGCCACUGCCGCAGCCCACAGGGCGGGGACGCAGCACGCACAGGCCCGAGAGGAGCGGCUGGCCGAGCUGGAGCCCAGGAGGAAAGGAGCCCCUCGCUGAGCGGCCCUCGCUCCCACAGCCGACAGCCACGUGGCUGAGUGGUGGUGGCUGGCCAGCAAGGCAGCCUCCCGGGAGCUGCAUCCCCAGGGGUCUGGAUCUGUGGCUCGUGCCCAGCUUCCUGGCCGCAGGAGGCCGGGGCCAUGGCUGGUUCCCAGUGCCCACGGCUGCCCCCUCCUUUUGUCGGGCGGUGGCGUGGCCCCGGGGUGCACACUGCCCUGCCCUCCCCUCGGUGGUGGCGCCCAAUGGACACGCGUACCCAAGCUGCAGGCAGCAGAGCGUCCUGCAGCAGCAGGGUCAGGCCUCCAGCUGUUGUCUGCCUGUCCGAGCCUGCACACGCACUUACUGACCACACCACUCCCCGGGACACGUUCGUGGGUCACGCAAACAGUUCUGAUGGUCGGUGUUCUGUUUGUAACGCGGCCCCAUCUCCCCCAGAAGGACCAGCUGCAUGCUUCUCGGUGCAGUGGCCCUGGACAGUCUGCCCAUCUCGCCAUGGCCAUGGGUACGGGACCAACUCAG